AUCUCAACCAGCAACAUGCAGAGGACAAGCAUCCUAAUCUCGGCACUCUUUGCCCUUUCCGCCAUCACAGAGGCAGCUACUUACGGAAAUCAACAUCGACUUCCCACAACAGGACCCAUCCGCUUUCGACGCCAAGUGCUUGGUGGUUCUUUGGCCUCAAAUCCCGCUGGUGGCGCUGAUGCUCGAUUGGAUCUCAGCAAAGGUAUUGGCAAUCCCAAUCACAAUGUCGUGGGUCAGGUUUUUGCCGCUGGAAACACGCAAAGCGGUCCGGUCACCACUGGAGGAACUUUGGCCUACAAUAAUGCUGGACAUGGUGCCUCUCUGACCAAGACCCACACGCCCGGAGUAAAGGACGUCUUCCAACAGGAAGCCCACGCCAAUCUCUUCAACAACGGCAGACACAAUCUGGAUGCCAAAGUGUUUGCCUCGCAGAACAAACUUGCCAAUGGCUUUGAGUUCCAGCGCAAUGGAGCCGGACUAGACUACUCUCAUGUCAAUGGUCAUGGUGCCUCCUUGACCCACAGCAAUUUCCCAGGAAUCGGCCAACAGCUGGGUCUAGAUGGUCGGGCUAACCUUUGGUCCUCGCCUAAUCGUGCUACCACCUUGGAUCUGACGGGAUCGGCUAGCAAGUGGACAAGUGGACCGUUUGCUAACCAGAAGCCUAACUUUGGUGCUGGCCUGGGACUGUCUCAUCACUUCGGUUGAAUAAUAUGGUUAUAUCAGUAGAAAUUAAUUUAUUUAAAGCGAAAAUAAAACUAAAUUAAUCAUUAAAAA